AUGCCAGGCGUGCCAAAAUCCGCAGGGUGUCGUAUCUGUAAGCAGAGGAGGAUCAAGUGCGACGAAACAUGGCCAACGUGCGCUCAGUGUAAACACAUGAACGUCAAAUGCCCCGGGCCAACAUCCCUCAUCAAGUUCAUUGUCCACAAAACCUCGGACGGGAGUUCGGUCAAGAAGGGAUCGCCACAAACUAACCACUCAGGGUCUUCUCUACGUCUGCGGAAAGUUCAGUAUGCGAAGGUUGAUGAUGAAAGUGCCGGGUACGGCCUCCUGCAGGCCACUCCCAGAAGCAACCCUACUACUGUCGCUGAUCGCGUUGGGUUACGUCUCGUCGGCAACAUGGAGCGCGGCCGGAUAGGAGUAGCAGGCAUUUAUAUGACCUACCUGCCGGAGCUGCCGAAACGGCUCGCCAGAAGUCCCUGUCUACGCGACUCAACAGAUCUGUUUUGCUCUGCAUGGUCCAGUUUUCGGCGCCGCGAUCUCCAGCAGGGUGGGCUCAUGGGCAUGCCUCAGUAUGGGAAGGCUUUGAGAAGCCUUGGGCGAGCUUUACUCAACGAUCAACAUCGUGACGUAGAGACUCUGGCUGCUAUGGUACUUCUUGAACGAACAAGCAGGCUUUUCAAUCGUGAUCCUGAUCAGACGGGAAUUCACCUCAAGGCGAUAAGAGAGGUGUUUCGUCAGAGAGGACCCCCCGAUGUUAAGGAUGAGCUUGAUGUUGCUGCGACAAACGAAGUCCACGGGCUUCUAUUACGUGACGACUCUAGAAACGAAGAAAAUGCUUUUCUUUAUAAAUCACCAUGGAAAGAGGCUUUAUCUUACUGCGCAGAUCACAUGGUGCCCCUCAAUGAUGUCCGCCCAUAUUUGAUCGAUGACGUCUGGGUUCUCUAUGGGUGUUCGAAACAGCUGUAUGCACUACUUCCAGAGUAUCAAGAAGCAUGCCGUUAUUCCUCGGCAACUGAAGCGGCCGCCCAAGCCCUUCAAAUCCGCGGCCAACUGCAGUGCCUCAGAGAAGCGCUCAAAGACAAGCCCUUUAAACUAUGGGAAAAGGCGCUUGAAGCAGGCGUAAUUACCAAAACUCCCGAUUAUGAGUCCACCACAGGACACAAAUAUUCCUUCGAUUCAGUCUUUCUUGCAUCAAUGUAUCAGAAAAUUCUCCUUGUCCGUCUAGCCAUCAUACGAAUGAUACGCAAUUUGGUCGACAUAUGGGGCGCUCCGGACAUCACCCUUUCAACCGAGUUUAGGGAAGUCAGCGUCUAUGUUUGGAAGAUGAUACCAUACGUGCGAUCCUUGGAAUCGGUCAUUGCUAUUGACAUGGUAAGGCCGUUAUUCUUUAGCUAUGAGGCUGCCAAUAGCGAAGAGAAAGAAUAUCUCCUAGAUUCUAUCCUAGAAAUAGACGACAACAUAGGGCGCUACCCCAGGGAGAGACAGGAAUUGGAAGCCACCCUGAAAAACACUGAUCAGGUAUUGAGCUACUUUGCAGACGAUAGCAUCUGA